AUGGCCUCCUCCUCCAGCAGCGGCGGCGGCCGAUCCACCAACGCCGAUCUCAGGAACAGCCUCCUCUUCGACGUCUCCCACGUCACGGCCGUCGUGACCGGCGGCGCCACGGGGAUCGGUCUCAUGAUCACGCAGGCGCUCGUCGCCAACGGCGCAAAGGUCUACAUCACCGGGCGUCGGCAGGAGAAGCUCGACCAGACGGUGCGAUUGUACGGCGAGGGCGAGGGGAGGCUCCUCGCGAUCGCGGGCGAUGUCAGCACGAAGGAGGGAUGUGUCAGACUUGCGGAGGAGAUCGAGAAGAGGGAGCCCGAGGGGAUUCAAUUACUCGUGAACAAUGCGGGGAUCGCGCGGGACGAGAAGACUUCUUUCGCCAAAAAUGGCGAGCCGGAUUCUUCCUCCGCCGAGGCCAUCUCCAAGCACUUCCUGAACUCCACCGAUGACGCUUGGGCCUCGACCUUCCAGACCAACGUCACCGCCCAAUACUUCACAAGCAUGGCCUUCCUGCCCCUCCUCGCCCGCGGCGGCACCGUCACGCCCGGCUACUCCUCCUCGGUUGUGAACGUGAGCUCCAUCAGCGGCGCCAUGAAAGGCUCGAGCAUGGGCCAAUUCUCGUACGCCAGCUCGAAAGCGGCGUCGACGCACCUCAGCCGGAUGCUGGCGACCAUGUUCAAGGACGUCAAGGUCCGCGUGAACGUCAUCGCGCCGGGCGUGUUCCCGAGCGAGAUGACGGCGGGGGAGAGUGACGAGCAGAAUAAAUCUUCGCUGGAUAUGAGGAGUUACAAUCCCGCGGGCCGCAAGGGUCAUGAUAGUGACAUGGCGGCGACGAUCCUUUUCCUCGCGGGGAAGGGCGGCGUGUUUUAUAACGAGCAGAUUUUGUAUCCGGAUGGAGGAAAUACUCUGACGGUGCCGGCGCAGAAGUGA